CCCUUUUUGGAAAUGAAGACAGAUGGAGAUAAACGUGGGAAAUUGUGAUGGGAAUUUACUUAUGUUUGGUUUCUUUUAGAUUCGACACGUUUUUCCCAAGGAAAUAAGUGCUUUGCCACAGAAGAUCCACAGGGAUAGUCACUUUUGUGGUUUUCAGUGUUAAAGGUACAAGACAAAUGUGUGCUCUGAAGAGUUGCCUAGCUGAUGAGAGUUCCAUUCCUCUCCGUUGAAACUCUAUCAAUCACCUUCAGGCGCGGCUGCCUUUGAGCGUCACGUGGCUGCCACACGGAUGCCAAGAACUGGUGUUGCGCGAGCGGGAGGCGCCGGGGAAGCGACAUGGGACGAUUCAAAUACUUAUAGAGAGUGUUGAUGGAGAGGAUUUCGAAUGUCAGCCGGGACAGUGGUUAUCUGUGGUGGAAUUCUAGCUACAGUCAUCUUACUGACUAUCGUUGCAGUACUGUGCUACUGUAGGUUGCAGUAUUAUUGCUGUAAGAGGGAGGAGCCAGAGAGGGAGGAGGAGGAGCAACCGGACCUCACCACAAUGUCCUCUCUCCCCACACCAGUACACACGGCUGGUGACCUCGACGUGAUGACCACACCCCCCUCCGAGCCCAACGGGCCCGACUUUGUCUACACUCCACCCCUGGUCCGCAAACCAAUGACACGCUCCCAUACAUUCUGCCCCUCCUGCACACCUUACUCCCUGCCCUUCUACCUGCAGCAUCCUUCCGAGAGGCUGCGUAACGGCGGCGGCCGCAUCAGCUACAGGACUGUGCAGCAGCAGGAGCUGGACCUGCCCAUGGACCUGGCCAGCUUCAACCACAAGCUCAACCUCAUCCGCUCUGUCACCAUGAGGGAGGUGGUCACCCACAGCCACAGUGUCAGCACUGACGUGUAGCCCCCUGGUGGCUAGGAGGACCAACGUCAGGGACCUGACCUGGCUGGAGGGAAUUUGAUUGAACUCUUACUUAGUGUAGAUAUUUUCCACCUCACCAAACCAAUGGAUACGUUCACUCACUCACUCACACGAUGUAAAGAGGUUUUUUGGUCUCACGUGUAGAUACAUGGACACCCAGUCCUGAAUUCACAUUUUUUUCUCUCACGUCGUCCUUUCACUUCACAUGUUAAUUUGUCAGUGUGUUGAUGGCAAUGUGUCAAUCCGCUCGUCUUUCUUUAGAGAAUUAUGAUUCAGACAGCAAGAAUACAGCAAGGACAUGGUGUAUGUGUGUGUAGGUGUGUGUGUGUGUGUGUGUGUGCAUGUUUGUUUGUGUGUGAGGAAGCACAUGAACAGUAUUAUAAAAGGGCUUAAUAUCAUAGGCAGCAUAUUGGAUCUGUGAUUGUGAGAGAGACAUUAUUUCUCAAGAGAAGCCGGCAGAGCAGGGCCGCCGGAAAACGUGUGGCGAGCUGACAUUUUCUCCAGCAUUUUUCAAUCAGGUGUGGCAGCGCCCCACAACUUUUGAUUUAGUUUACAAAAACAUAUUGACGAGAAAAGCUUAGAAAAAUAGGGGCAACGUGCUGUUAUUUAGACCGAUUUGCCUCAUGAUUUGUCAACUAGCUCACAAUUUCUCUGUCCUUCACAUCGCCGUGCUGCUGCAGUGUCUUGACAAAAAAGAUUCACAGAAAUCACAGGUCGCGCGGGCCUGGCACACCCUUAGCGGAGUUGCCAACAACCGGAUGCACCCAGUUUUCGGGGAUACAGCUAACUCAACCUAGCUUCCUUUUCCGCUGAAAACCGGAGCUCCGCCCAGGCAUUUCUUUUACACCUGCUACAUUAGGUUAGGCCAGGCACAAAGCUCAAGGUGCGCUUCACUUUCCUCUGUAUUUAUUUAGCAAAUGUGAUAACAUAUAAUUCCCGACAGACACAAGCAAAAAACUCUUUGCAUAAAUGUUGUAGCAGCCUACACCUAAACAUUAGCGAUCUGACAUGCUGUAUCGUAUGGAAACAAGAUGAUUUUUCAGUCUGAUCAACUGUAGGCUACUAACAACAGCAGCUGCAAACAGUCUACUCCACCCUGUCCCUCUGGCCUAGCCCAACCGGCUGGCACAUUGCGCUAUUAUUCCUUUUACUUUGUUUGUCCUCCAUUCAGGCUGCAAGGGCGUCGAUUGCCUCCUUAACUAGCUUUAAUGGCGAGCCGACUGAAAAAAACAACUGGAAAAAUAUGCGUACAGGACAGACACUUCACAACAAACUUCAUUUGGAUUUUUUGGGGGACUAUCGGUUGUUCCAUGCAAUGAAUCUGUUUCUAUGGGCUUAUAGCAGUAAGGCCAAAUUCAAUGUUUCAUCAAAUAUUUUUUUAAAUAUAUAUUU